AUGAGAUUCUGGCUAUGCCUUCUGGCUACUUUGCCGACUCUGGCAUUUGCAGCCACCCGCGACGGGCCUGUGGUAGACCUGGAAUACGCCAAGUAUCAGGGCACGUAUAACGCGACUUCGAACCUGAAUGUAUUUCGAGGAAUCCGCUACGCAGCUCCCCCGACAGGCGACCGGCGAUGGAAGCUACCACAGGAACCGAAGAGCAGCAGUAGUAACAGCAGCAACUGCCCCAUCAUGCCUGCUACUUCCAACCCACCUCACUGUCCAUGGGCCCGCCGUUCACUACUCUACCCCAAGACAGCCGCCGAAGAGGCUUCCUUGAAGUCUUUCAACUUCACCGGCGACGAGGACUGCCUAUUCUUGAAUGUUUUCGCCCCUGCCAAUGCGAAGAAUCUCCCUGUGGUUGUUUGGAUUCACGGCGGCGGCUACAGCCUCGACUCCGCGGAGGGUUUUGACUUUUCAACCCAGAUCGGGACGAACAACAACAGCUAUCUUGCCGUAGCGAUCCAGUACCGACUUGGAGCGUUUGGAUUUCUAUCGUCUGACGAUCUUGUUGGUAACGGGGGCUCUGCGAAUGCUGGAUUAUACGACAUGAUCUUCGCGCUCCAAUGGGUAAAACAACACAUCAAGAAGUUCGGGGGCAACCCAAGAAAGGUGACUGUUGCUGGACAGUCAGCUGGUGCUGGAGCAGCGCUUAUGCUAGCUACGAUGGGGGAAGCCGAUGGUCUCUUCAAAGGCGUCAUCGCGAGCAGCCCCUACCUUACCACUCAGCCAAAGUUCGACGGUAGCCGACCAACAAAAGCUUACAAUAGUCUUGCGGAACGUGUUGGUUGUUCUACCAACAACGGGUCUUCAACUCUCUUCGCUUGCCUGCAAAAGGUAGACUCGAUCACGCUUCAGAACGCCAGUGACUAUGUCAGCACGCAGGGGCUCUAUGGUCAAUGGGAAUGGCGCCCUGUCAUCGACGGCAAACUCAUCAAAGACGAUCUCACAUAUGAUCUCUCCCAAGGCAAAACCACCGUAAACGGCUUCCGAAUACUCACAAGCAACGUCGCGGACGAGGGACCAUACUUCACGUGGCAAAAUAUCACCACGCAAGCAAACUUCGUCUCAUUCCUGCAGUCAAACUACCCCAAGCUAUCCGAAACCAAUGUGACUGAAAUACUUGGCACAUAUACGCGGAAGAACGAAGAGUUCCUCGCAGCGAACUCGAAAGACGCGAACAACACGGAUCCGGGUUUCAUGACCAACGGCCUUCAGGCGCCAUACUCGACGACGGUAUCGAAUUACGCCACCGGCUGGCAGCAAGUCGCCAACAACUUUUAUGCAGAAGCCACGUUCAUGUGCCCCUCACACUGGCUUGCCAACGCGUACGCAUCGAAGAAAGGGGGCCGAGCAUGGCGGUACCAAUUCAGCGUCCCGCCCGCCUACCACGGCUUAGACAUAGGCUCUGGUUCCGACUUCGAUGUUCUCCUUGCGCCAGUCGACACUCCAAAUACUGCAUUUUCAACGCCUUUCAGGAGAACACUGCAAAAUGCCUGGGGAGACUUCAUUGUGCACGGUGAGCCGACACUACGUGGCGCGGGCUCGUCGAAUGCGACUAUCUGGCCCCAAUGGAAGCAGGGCGGGAAGGGAGCCGCCAAUAUGUUAAACGCGAACAUGACAGGUGGUGUGCAGAUUGAGAAGGCUUCUCCGUUUGACGGCAUGGUAACGUUGAACAUCACAAGCUACGCGCCUGGUGACGCUGGCAAUGCACCUCUAGAAGCCGUCUUUAAUAUCGUGGACGGCGAUGCAUGGGAGGACGGCCGAGGUGAGCGGUGCCGCAUGUUGGCCGAGAUGAGUCCCUGGAUUGUCUGA